AUUGGGUCACUGUUAAUAUUUUUGUUAGUCUGCGGGCUCCCGGGAUACACCGCCCUUCGGUUUCCAUGGCAGCCUGAAAAGCAUGGCUUCCUGCGCUGUGGUUCCAGGAUGCAGCGCGACGGCCACGUCACGGAGGCGGACCGGGGCCUGUGGGAUAGAGACAAUUGAGAGCCCGAUUUCUUAACCAGAGGGGCAAGAGCCUCGGGAUACGAAGAACAGAGCGACUACUUGUACAGGGGUGUACAUAUGCCCUGGGAGAAUUUCAAAGAUAUUAGACAUUUUUGGAACAUAUGAGUGAUCCUGGAAAACACCAUUGUUGUAUUUGUGAUCAGCAGCUCACCAUUCCUGGAGAUGUCUGUCAUACUUUUCGCUUCGGUGGUCCGUGUAAGAGACGGACUCCCACUCUCAGCCUCAACCGACCAUGAACAGAACAUGUCUGUACAAGAGACAAAGAAGUACCUUAAAGUGGUUUCCAAAAAGCUGGAGCAACUCCCCGAUAGGUGCACGCUGAAGAGAGGGCCACACAAUGUUCAUUUCAUCAGCUCCCUUGGGGUCAGUUACAUGAUGCUCUGCUCAGAGAAUUACCCCACCGUCUUGGCCUUUUGCUUCCUGGACGAGUUACAGAAGGAGUUUAUAACCACCUAUGAGAUGUCCCAGAUCAACACUGCCAUCAGGCCUUACUCUUUCAUUGAGUUUGAUAAUUUCAUUCAGAAAACCAAGCAGAGAUUUAAUAACCCUCGGUCCCUUUCUACAAAGAUGAACCUUGCUGACAUGCAGACAGAGAUCCGACUUAGACCCCCUUACCAGCUGUCAUUGCAGGAGGCUGGCCUGGCAAAUGGCCUUAACUACAGGAAGCACCCGGAAUAUAAGGGUAUAGCUCCUCACCAGAGACUGGAGCCUCUGACAUUGACUGGCAUCAUCUCUUUGCUACUUACCCUGCUGUGUGCCGGACUAAACCUAAUCCGGGGAUUUCACGCUAUAGAAAGUCUGCUGCAGAAUGACGAUGAUUUCAGCUGCAUUAUUGCUUUCUUCCUGGGAACUGCAGCCUGUGUUUACCAGUGCUAUCUGUUUGCCUAUAGUACAAGCUGGAGAAAUGUCAAAUCCUUCCUGGCAUUUGGCCUGAUCUGUCUCUGCAACAUGUACCUUCACGAGUUGCGCACCCUCUGGCAGCUCUUCUUCCACGUGACAGUUGGAGCUUUUACUACGUUACAGAUCCGACUGCGGCAGCCGCAGAGUAAGUCUCCUGAUUAUAAUGUGUGACAAGACAGGUCAGAAACCCCAACUGGGACACUUAGUCACCCUGCUGCUCAUCUGCCCAUGUACCUAAACCUUGUGGGUUACUGCACAUUCCUCCCACAGGCACACGUGAACCUAUACAAGACCAGGGAUUUUAAUACAGUGUUUCUUUUCUUUGAGCAAGGACUUGCUUUGUGUUAUUGCCUUUGUAAGGCAGGGAUAUUGUCUGUAUAAAUAAACACUGCCUCUGGGGA